CCAUGCCUAUAAAUAUUAAUAUAAUGAAAAAUCAUUACUUUAGCAUGGAAAAAAGGCCCAUAUUUCCUACUCCAUUGCAGUGCUAAGACGACGUCGUCGCAGUAUAGCUUGUCUGAGAUCCAUUCCGUAUUGAGCCCACUCAUCUCCACAGAGACAGAGAAAUUGGUUAGUUAUUCACCAAGUUUGACUUUGACUCUGUGAAGUAUACUCUGAAGGCGUUGCAAGACAGAAACGACGUCGCUUCAAUCCAAUACCCAAUCCGAGAGCUAGGUUGUUCGUGGAGAAGAAGAUGGAGACCCAAACCAACAACUCAAACCCUAACCCUAUUCUAAACGGGAACUCGAUAACGGGAUCGUUGCCGGUGUGGCCGACAGUGGACGGGUCACUGGGGCUAUCGGAAGAUGAGUCGGUGAAAUACGCACGGCGGUUCUACAGGUUCGGCUUCGCGAUGCUGCCGUGGCUUUGGGCCGUCAAUUGCUUCUACUUCUGGCCUGUUCUCCGCCACUCUCGCUCCUUCCCUCACAUUCGCCCCUAUGUUGUGGGAUCAGCAGUUGGGUUUGCUGUAUUCACAGCUCUUCUGUCAUCAUGGGCCUUUACAUUUGCCAUUGGAGGAGAGCGUCUCUUUGGGCCAGUUUGGGAUCAACUUGUAUUGUACAAGCUUGCUGAUAAAUUAGAUUUGACUGGUUGGAGCUAGUCUUAUGCACUCUUUUCUGAAUUUCAUUGUUCUCAAGACUCUUUGUAUUACUAUUACCUCUCUCUUUCUUUCUAAUUAUCUUUUUUUUUUUUUUUUCCUUAUUGUUGGGGGUGUUACUAGAAUUCUUUUACUUUCUUUGAACACAUGAUUUUGUGUAUAUAUACAUAUAUUCUAUGCCGAGAGUUUUACAAUGCUGUGUAUCCGGUGACAAAGUUGAUAUUGAGGCCUUUCUAUACCUCAACUUGGAAUUAAUAUUCAGUGUCGAAA